AUGUCUGGACUUUUAUCAUACUCGCCACCUUCAAAUUCUGUCAAGACAAUGCGUUUUUGUGUGGUGUUUCAGGGGGCAGAUGCAUAUGAAAGUGCUGAGUCAUUGUCAAGGGAAGAGUUAGGUCGUCGUGUUGCUUCUCGUUGGACAGGGGAAAAGACCGAACAGCAAACGGAAGAAGUUAAUGCUGCAGAGGAUGAUGAUCAUGAAAAUCAUGAAGAGACACCAAAGGAUACACAUGGUGAGGAGUAUAAUGGUUAUGACUCAGAAACUGAUGAUGAGCACCAAAGAUAUGAUGAGGAUGACCCUGAAGAACAGGUGGAAGAAAUUGGUGGGCAGGAUCACGAAGAUUCGAGCUCUUCAUACAAAUAUGAGUCAGAUGAUGAAUCAGACUUGUCAGAUAUAACUGGCACAAGUAACCCAUCUUGGCUGGAGAAGAUUCAACAAACUGUGCGUGACAUUCUACAGGCUGUCAAUUUAUUCAAAACUCCAGUAAAUAUAUCUGAGGCUGCAAAUGUGCGCAAAGAAUACGAUGAGUCUAGUGCCAAGCUGUCUAAAAUUGAAUCGAGGAUAUCAAGUUUAACAAAAAAGCUAAAACAUGAUUUUGGACCAGAGAAGGAGUUCUAUUCAUUCUAUGGUCAAUGUUUUGAGAGCAAGCAGAACAAAUAUGUCUACAAGAUCUGCCCUUUCAAACAAGCUUCACAAGUCGAGGGCUACAGUACAACUCGUUUGGGGAACUGGGAUAAAUUUGAUGAUUCGUAUAGAAUCAUGCAAUUUUCAAAUGGCGAUAAAUGCUGGAAUGGUCCCGAUAGAAGUCUAAAGGUCAAGUUAAGAUGUGGGUUGAAAAAUGAGGUUACUGAUAUAGAUGAACCAAGCCGUUGCGAGUAUUUAGCAUUGUUAUCCACCCCUGCCCUUUGCCUGCAAGAAAAACUAAAGGAACUACAAGAUAAACUAGACUUGAUGAACGAGCAACAACCACAGGGUCAUGAUGAACUUUGA